AUGUCUUCUUCUUCUUCUACCUUUGAUAGAGUCAAGCGUGCCAAGGAGGCAGAGGCUUUGCGUACACGUCUAGAGUCUUUGCAGGCUCUGGAGGGUGCCUAUCCAGAAUUUGAGGAGAUCGUCCACCAUAAUCUGGACCACAAGUACAAUGUGGUAGUUGAACUCCGUCCUUAUAGUGGAGGAUACAACAAGGCCAUCGAUAUUGUCUCGCGCAAGCCCGACGGUCUCGUCUGCAUCCGCAAGAGCUUCUUGAUCUGCAGCAAAGCCAAACCUAGACGCUGGCUGAGAGAGGUGAAAGCAACUCGUGCCAUGGACCAUCCGAACGUCGAAAAAUACCUGGAGGCGUCCAUCAGUCCAAGAAAGGCCGAGAUCUUCCUCGAGUUCUGCGACCUAGGUACCCUAGACUACUUCAAGCAAUGGAUGGCAACCACUGAGGCCCCUAUCCCUGAAGCAUUCCUCUGGCACGUCUUUAGACAGUUGAUUCGUGCACUCAGCUACAUGCAGACCGGACUUCGCAAUGAUAGGGACAUCAUCAACGAGGAUGUGCCUGAUAAGAAUGGGUGGAAUGCCAUCUUACAUCGCGACAUCAAGCUUGACAAUAUCUUCAUCAAGUCGCCAGAUGUCGCUGGAGAGUACCCCAUCAUCAAAUUCGGCGACUUUGGGAUGAGCGUUUCCAAGAAAGAUUUAAAGAUGCCGUUUGCUACCUCCGGCACUGAGGGAUGGAUGGCUCCGGAGUUCCCCAACUGCAGCAAGCGCAGCGAUGUCUUCUCUGCUACCGCCGUGAUUCAAUGUUUGUCUGUUGUGAACUGGUGUGGAGCAGACCCAAUGGGCGGGGUCGGGGAGACAUACAGCGAAGACUUGCAUAGCUGCGUGCUGGCUGGAAUGACAAAGACCAAAGCUGAUCGCCCUCGCAUCCGCGAACUGGCACGUCUCGUUUACCCUGUUGAUCUGCCACCAUUCGAAGCUGUCCCCAAUGAAGCAUUCGUUCGUCUUCUGCCACCGAGAGAGGAUCGAGCAAUUACUCCGUCCCAGCUUCUCCGGUCCUACCGUUAG